AUGGCGACGGACGGUGGGUGCUCGGCGCCGGUAGCGUCGCGGAAGGGGGCGACGCCGGUCCGGAGCCACAGCGAGGCCGAGCGCAAGCGGCGGCAGCGCAUCAACGCCCACCUCGCCACGCUACGCACGCUCGUCCCCUCGGCUUCCCGGAUGGACAAGGCGGCGUUGCUGGGCGAGGUGGUGCGGCACGUCCGGGAGCUGCGUGGCAGGGCGGACGAUGCGACGGAGGGCCUGGCCGUCGUCCCGGGCGAGGGCGACGAGGUGGGCGUCGAGGAAGAGACCGAGGACCGCACCUGGCUACGACGGCCCGACGACGACGACGACUCCCGGUGGCGGCGGCGCGUCCGGGCGUGGGUGUGCUGCGCCGACCGCCCCGGGCUCAUGUCCGACCUGGGCCGCGCCAUCCGCUCCGUCGGCACCGCGCGCCCCGUCCGCGCCGAGAUCGCCACCGUCGGCGGCAGGACCCGCAGCGUCCUGGAGCUAGACUACCACGUCUGCGACAACCACGCCGCAACGCCCCCGGCCACGGACAGAGCGGUGGCGCUCUCCACCCUGCGCGCCGCUCUGCGCACCGUGCUGCUCAACCGGGACGAGCUCCUCGCCGCCGCCUCCGCCGACGCGGAGGGAUACAAGCGGCCACGCCUCUCCAGUCUAGUGUAG